UUUUGAGAGCUUUGAGGAAAAUGUAAAAAUUUAAGAUCUUCUCCAGUAUCAUACUCAAAAAUUGCAUUUGAGCACCCAACAAAGUCCGCCUCCCUUAUCCUUAGGGCUUUUAUGUGUGUGACGAUGUGAAAAGACGAAGUGAAUUGUGUGAGGGUGUGGGAAAGAAAUGGAAGAACUCCGAAUCCAUGGCCCGACUUAAUAUUGAUUUUACGGCAUACAGAAAAGUGCUAUAUAUUUUGCCAGGAGAGUGUACUUUGGGAGCCCAAUGGAACGCAACAUCAGAUGGAUUUUCAUUAAUUUUGAGUGUUCCAUGUAGGAUUAUCUGCACAUAGUUGCUGUUAAUUGAGAUUAGUUAAUAAUUUAAUUCACUCUUGUGCUCCAAAAUAGUGCAAUCUUAUUGUGAAAAUUCACGGAUUUCCGUGUGUAUGUGCAGUUUUCGUGGCCCAGUCUGAGAAAAAAAAAUAUUACGGACACCCAUUACGAUCGAUUUUAGCUAUUUCUUCGCAAAAGCUGCACUUUUUGCAUUUAAGGAAAAAACUCUGCAAAGCUCUGAGCUACAGGUGGAAGACCAAUCGUAAAUGCCAGUGAGGGAAAUUGCCUGAAAAAUGUACAAGACAGUGCGUCAUGGUGAAAAUAGUCUGCAGUACACAAUUCUGCCCCAAAAUGAUGACUAUCGGGGUGGAACAGGAACUGGGGAGGGUUGCAGGAAGAGAAAUGGCAGAACAUGUCGGCACAAUCGCAAAAAGUCCAUUGUGGCCUAUGUAGGGCUCUUUUUUGUAUGUGCCGUAAUUGCAGGCACUCUGCUCAUACCCCUAAUGGUGACCAGUGACCUUAUGCCCAAUCCAGCAUCAUGGUUCUAUAGGGCUCAGAAGGCACGUGAGAUGCGCAAUCCAGUCAGUGUUAAGUAUCAGGUGGACAAGACAGCUUCUGCAUCUGAUAAUUCUCCCCUGAAGCUAAAAGAGCAAAAGACACAAUCACCAGCCUGGUCAGAUAUGCUGAAUAUUACGGAAUUCGAAAAACUCUACGAUGAAAGCAAUGCCCUGGCAGCUGCAAAAUCAACACCAAACACAGUCGUUUCAACCAGGAAUUUUCCGCGUAUUCAGACACAGGCAUCCACAACAGAAACCACUAGUACCACUACUGAAAAAGUCACCACAACAGUAGCUCCUGUUACUAGUAGACCAAGUGCCCCAGCACCCACUCUCAUCAAUACCCGGAAGCAACCUCUGGUGUCCAGCAUCAGGGAUUCCACACGUUUCUCCAGUAAGCCCAUCGUCGUGGUGAGUCAGCAGAAUGAUAAGAUUGCCGUGAAAUCUGCCUCUGGGAGGGCUUUCGAUGAUAAGAACUGGGUGCAAUCUCACUGGCCAUACGUGGAUCCUUCGACGUACUUUCAAUGGGUGGGAUACAAUACGGAAGAUAGAGUAAUCUUGCCGGUUAUCCUGGGAAUUGCCCUCAUGCUAGUUCUCAUUAUUGUGGUACUCUGUGUGAUUGCAAGGCGUAAGGGAGUUUGCAAGGCAUGUGCUAAGAGAAAUGGAAGGAAUACAUUCGAAAAACUCGAGUCGCAGAAUGAUGACAACAAAACUCUUCUCACCAAUGAGAACCACUCAGAAGAAGAGUAAUAAAUUAAACAUUUGAUUAAUGGACUUCCUUUUCGACUUUUAAAACUUUCUCCUUCAGAUAAGUUUUGACUGUAUUUUAAAUGUUAUCCUUCUUUGUAACCUUUUAAUUCUAUAAUUUUCGACGUCGUUUAAAUUGAGUAUUAAAUUUCUACUCUCUUCAAUUUUCUUUAUUUUUAGAGAAAAGAAAAUCUUAAUCGACUAGUGAUAUAAAACAAAGCUUAUUUUAAUCGCUCUAUAAAGCUUAUAAUGACUUGAUAAUGUCGUGCUUUUACCCUCGAGAAAUCAAUUCUUUUCACAAUUUUCUCCUUUUUGUAAUUCACAGUCGGACAGUUUUACCAUUUAUUAAAAACAAUAAAUUCCCACCAAGUAUAAGCAUUUUUGUGAGCUAAUAAGGACUGUGCAGCAAGAGCUGCAGUCUCUGUGCACGCAAAUGAAAUUGUCUGACUUCGAGGGUUGGGUAAAUAAUAUAAAACUAUAAAAAAAAUUUCUUUUACACUAAUGUACCAUUUAUAGUAUUGAAAAAAAAAACAGCUGAAACUUGUAAACAGACAAAAAAGCGUAAUGAUAAGACAUAUAAUCAGUAAGAUUGUAGUUGACAAAAAAUAAUUGAUGUUUCAUUGAUGAUAAAAAAAGUGUGUUACGUAUACAUUGUAAGGUAUAAAUAUUAUACUAACUUUUGUGAUAUAUUUAUUUUGAUUGUAAAAUGAAGCAUAUUGCAGCUCAAAGAACAAUUUCAAAUGAGUAUUUCGAACAGCAGUAUUUAAUUUUGACUUUAGAGAAUCUCUUAUAUUGCUAAAGCAAAACUAUUAAUCUCUGCUUGACUAAUGAAUUGUGGAACUAUUUCAUUGAAAAAUAUUAAGUAAAAUAUAUUUUUUACUAAUCAAUUACAGCUUUGGUAAAUUUUAUUGAUUUUUAGUACAAAAUAGUGGCUACCCUUUCGAAUUGAAUGAAACAGCUUAGUUAAUUAUUAUUCUAAAAAUUAUUUACCAUACCAUUACGGAAUUAUGCCUCAUAGAAUUUCAUAGUGUGCUAAUAAUUAUUUUAGUACAUGUCUGUACUAAAACGAAUAAUCUGAGAUUUUACGCCAAGCAUCAAAAAAUUGAAUACAAAGUAAUUUUUAAAAAUUGAUGUUCAAAAAGUUACAAUGCUUUUUCAUCAUUAGUUUAGUACUACUUAAUAUUUUUCAAUGUAAUAGAUCCAUUAUAAUCUAUAAUCUUUUAGUCUAGAAGAAAGUGACAUCACUAAAAAAAAUACUGUAUUUACUAAUAUUUAUUGAAUGAAAUAUUAAAUGGAGAAGUAAUUUAAGUAAGAAAAGGCAAAAUCCCAAGAAAAAAAUCGUCUCGCAGAUAGCUAUUUAAGUGAAUGUCGUGUAAAAAAAUUCUUCUAUACCAACUUUGGAUUAAAAAUAAUGAUGGGAAAAAAUGUAGUGAAAGAAGAGUUAUUUUGAGGAGGACUUACAAUAUAAAAAAAAUCAACACAUAAUAAACACAAAAAGUAUGUUGAAAGGUGCCUUUUUAACAAGACAAAAAUAUAGUUUUUUCACAAUUUCUUUUUCUCAAGUCAUUUUUAAUAGAUGAUAUCUUUAUCGAUUGAUCCUUUCUUUGUGAAACCUUUAUUUUUGUAGUGCGAGGAAAGAAUUGAACUAGUAGACUUUGUAGAAGGAUUUGAUGUACGUGUACAUAGAAAAUUUGAGAGUAAUAAGAACCAAAGAAAAAAAAUCAUGAUUGAUAAGAACAGAGGAUAUUUACACGGAAUUUUUUCUCAUUUCCAUUCCCUUUAUUUUUUUAUAGUAUUUAUCGGAUAUUCUAAGAGAGGAGACUUAACUAAUAGACAACAAAAAUAUUGCAACAAGGGAUUUUGUGUUAGAUGAUGUAAAAAAAAAGAAAUUAAGAAAAUAAAAUAUAUAUAUACUGUGUAUUAA